AUGAAAAAUGGGAUCACUUCUUAUGGGUUCGUUGAGAAUGAUUCUGAUCUAGUUCAUGGCCUAUUAGAAGUAGAAGGCGCUCUGGUGGAUCCUCACGGACAGAAAAAGAUUGCGAGAAAUCUCUAUGAAAAUACGAAUCGGAGUUUGAAGAAGGGAAGGAGAAGGAGUACUGACCCGCAACAGAUAGAGGAGGAUUUAUUCAAUCACAUAGUUUGGGCUCCUAGGAUAUGGCGCCCUUGGGGCUUUCUAUUUGAUUGUAUCGAAAGGCCAAAUGAAUUGGGAUUUCUAUUGGGCCGGGUCAUUUCGGGGCAAGGAUCAUUUAUGAUGAAAAGGAUGAGCUUCAAGAGAAUGAUUCGGCGUUCUUGCAGAGUGGAACCAUGCAGUACCAGGCACGAGAUAGAUCUUCCAAAGAACAAGGCUUUUUCGAAUAAGCUUAUUCAUUUGGGAUCCUGCGGAUCCACUCUUUUCCUAUUCAAAGAUCAGCCCUUUGUCUCUGUGUUUUCACACCGAGAAUUUUUGCAGAUGAAGAGAUGUCAAAGGGCUUCUUAUCCCAAACAGAUCCUCCUACAUCUAUAUAUAAACGCUGGUUUAUCAAGAAUACGCAAGAAAAGCACUUCGAAUUAUUGA